UGAAUAAUAGCUGUAAUAGCUGUUAAGUCCAGGUAUUCGGUAUUCGGUAUUCGGCAUUCAGUCUACCUAAGCACAUUAAUUAUUCCACUUAGGUCUACUUCCCACGAAGAAGAUGACCAUGGUACCGCUGCAGCUAGCAAUAGUGUGCCUCCUAGUUAGCACAGGUCCAGCAACAGCAUAUCAUCCGAACGUAACAGAGCAGGAGGUGCUGAAGCAUAUCUUUGAGGACAAAGCAUACGACAAAAAUAUCCGUUUUCAUAACAAAACGGCUACUAAUGUUACCAUUGGAUUAAGUCAGAUAUCUCUGGACAAUGUAGAUAUUGUUGGCGGGAAGAUAACUAUCCGUGCUUUUCUUAGGCUGGGGUGGAAAGACGAACGCUUGGCUUGGAAUCCUGCUGAAAACCAGGGUCUGUCCAAGAUAACGCUAGAUAGAGACCAAGUAUGGAUGCCGGAUAUUUCUGUGUACAAUCACGUUGCUGGUGAGUCAGCUGCUGAAGAGGGACCCUCCUUGCCUGUUUUGAAAAUAUUAGCCUAUGCUGAUGGAAGUGUCAUGUACAUUCCCUCUCACUCUUAUACUGUAUACUGCGACCUGGAUCCCAGCAAAUCAGCAACCUACUCGAAUCGUAAUUGCGAAAUUAAGUUUGGAUCCUGGGCUCACGACGGGUUUCAGAUCAACGUUCUGGUCAGUCCAUAUUCCAAUUCCAUGUCUGAUCUAGUGCAGAACAAGGUAUGGGAACUUAUAUCUGUAAAAUCAAGGAGAGAAAAUAAGGUUUACGAAUGCUGCCCUGAGCCCUACCCGAAUAUCAUUUUCAACAUUGAAUUUCGAUUGAGAAUGGAUAAACGUCUGGGUGUAGAAGUUUCAAAUGAGCGUAGAUUAUAUCAUUACUUGGUGGAUGAUUACGUUCCUGAUGUAAUGCCCGUGCCAAAACUAAGAAGGAACACGUCGUACGAUUACAAUGACCCAAUGAUUACGGUGGGAAUGUAUGUAGGAGUCCUUCGAGUUACUGGUGUUGAUUUUAAAACUCACACCAUGGUCUCCACUUUCCUCAUGCUGAAGCGUUGGGUGGAUGAGGAGCUUGCAUGGGACCCUGCUCAUUUUGGAGGGAUUAAUAAGACUGAAGUUCCCAGUGAAAGGGUUUGGAAACCAGCAUUUAUGAUUGCCAAUAGAGCUGAAGAAUGGUACGACAUGAAUAACGAAAUGCAUGUGCAGUCGAAUGGCCAGGUCCGAUGGGGAAUCAGCUACACGAUGAGGACAUUCUGCACGUUGGACGUGUACCGUUUCCCGUAUGAUAGUCAUACAUGUUUUCUUUGGAUUAUAUCCUACAGACAAGACGCUUCAAAGCUCGGAAUCAAGAUAUUAGGUGCAUGGGGCGGUGGCAAGUCGCAGUUUCUACAGGAAGGCCUAGAAUGGAACAUAGACAGUGUCGAAGGAACGAAAGAAAAUUGGAAACUACUGGGUGAUGUGAAAUAUCCUGCAGCACAGAUUGUCGUCAAGAUAAGCAGAAGGUCCACUUACUACACGCACGUCUUCACUGCACCCUGUGUGCUUCUCGCUUUCCUGACUCCGGUGGUGUUCCUGCUGCCCACUAGUGCUCCAGAGAAAGUGACUUUGGGAAUUGGCAUUUUUGUGUCUCUCACUUUGCUUCUUGAGAUUUUGGAAGACAAUAUGUUUGCGGCGUCCAGUGUUCCCAUUAUUGCUUUAUAUUACGUGGCCACGAUGGUAUUGACCGCCUUUUCAAUUUUGAUGUCCACAAUUAUUCUCAACGUGGUGGAUAAGGGUAAAAAAGAUAGGUUCAUACCCAAAGUGCUUAGAGUUAUCUUUCUUAACGUGCUGGGCAGAAUCCUUCGUGUUACCCCAUCAUCGACACGGGAUCGCGAGAUGGUAACCUUUAACGAGCUGGAAAACCAUGGCGACGGUUUAGACGGAAGUGACGUCAAAGAUGAUCACGUGCACAUAACCCAUGGCGGGCCUUCCAUGAAUGAGUGGUUCACUUUGGCUGCCGUUAUUGACCGUCUGUUUUUCCUGACAUUUCUGGUAGUGGCCACAAUAUGUAGCAUUGCAAUGUUUGCCUCUGGAUAAGAAUAUGGCCCUGAACGGUUCCAGAACGGUUGAUAUGUAUAACGGUUAAUUAAAGGUACAUCCCAUGGAUUUGAAAAUCCCCCAAAUGCUUAUUUUUGCCAUCCACAGCUUUUUAAAAAACAUUACAUACCCCUGAAAUGAUUAAGCCUUUAAAUAUUAUUUUUCUGGAGCGUACCUGAUGUUGAUAUUUCCAUUGGAAUUAAUAUGAAGAUGGUCGCUGACUGGCCAGUCAUUUUAAGUUAAAACCAAUCUUUAUUUUUGAGGGAUAGAUAAAUAAUCCG